CCUCCCUCUCCACUCAGAAGUCAGAUCUUCUGCUUCCGAAAAAGAAAAGGUUGCAGUAUUAUUAGUUUUAGCGGUCGGUCACAUACGAGAGAAAGAAAGAUGGCGGAGAUGAGGGACAAGUACGGCAAACCGAUCCCGGAGCAUCAAGGUUACGGUGGUGCGGGCACCGGCGGGACUUACGGCACCACCGGCACCACCACCACUCCGCAUGGAGUGGUGCAUGGACAAGGUGGCGGGCAGCAGCAGCAGGUGCACCUAGGGAAGGAGGAGCCCCACGGUGGACGGCACCACCGCUCCGGCAGCUCCAGCUCCAGCAGCUCGUCGGAGGAUGACGGGCAUGGCGGACGAAGGAAGAAGGGAUUGAAGGAGAAGAUAAAGGAGAAGAUGCCGGGCGGCGGGCACAAGGAGGAGGAGCACGGGCAGACUGCUGAGGGCCAGCACGAGAAGAAGGGGAUGAUGGAGAAGAUCAAGGAGAAGUUACCGGGACACCAUUCGGAGGGCUCGCCGCACUAAUGGUCCUUCGCUGUUGUCCAGGACCAGGAAUAAGGAAGACACGUGCCAGUGCACGUGACAUUCAGUAGUGUUUGUUCUGGUUGUGUGAGUUGUGAUGGCGUUCGUGCGAGUCGAGUUGAGGUAGUAUUAUCUGUGUACCGUGUAUGCUUGAUAUAAUUAAUAAAAUACUUGCUUGCGUAUUAUCAUAAAAAUUAA